GGAGCUCGCGGGAGGCCGGCAGGGCGGCGCCAGGGCCGAGCAUCUCCGGCUGUAGCGCCGCGGCCUCUUUGCUUGCUGCACCACCUGGCACGGGCCAGGCGUCCGGAGAGAGAAGAUGUUUUCCCGGUUAAGAGCUGUUACCACUCCUUGCACUUUGACCUGCCGCCGAGUGCACCUGAAGGAGAAAGGCAAGCCGCUCAUGUUAAAUCCAAGAACAAACAAGGGGAUGGCGUUUACAUUACAAGAACGACAAAUGCUUGGUCUUCAAGGACUUUUACCUCCUAAAAUAGAGACACAGGAUAUUCAAGCCUUACGAUUUCAUAGAAACUUGAAAAAAAUGACUAGCCCUUUGGAAAAAUACAUCUAUAUAAUGGGCAUACAAGAAAGAAAUGAGAAACUGUUUUAUAGAAUACUGCAAGAUGAUAUUGAAAGUCUGAUGCCAAUUGUGUACACACCAACAGUUGGUCUUGCCUGUUGUCAAUAUGGACACAUCUUUAGGAGACCUAAGGGAUUGUUUAUUUCAAUCUCAGACAGAGGUCAUGUUAGAUCAAUUGUGGAUAACUGGCCAGAAAAUCAUGUUAAGGCUGUCGUGGUGACUGAUGGAGAGAGGAUCCUGGGUCUUGGAGAUUUGGGUGUCUAUGGAAUGGGGAUUCCAGUCGGGAAGCUGUGUUUGUAUACAGCGUGUGCAGGAAUUCAGCCUGAGAAAUGCCUGCCUGUGUGCAUCGACGUGGGCACUGAUAAUAUGGCACUAUUAAAAGAUCCGUUUUACAUGGGCUUGUAUCAGAAGCGAGAUCGCUCCCAGCUUUAUGAUGAUCUGAUGGAUGAGUUUAUGAAGGCGAUUACUGACAGAUAUGGCCGGAACACACUCAUUCAGUUUGAAGACUUUGGAAAUCAUAAUGCAUUCAGGUUCUUAAAAAAAUACCAACACAAAUACUGUACCUUCAAUGAUGAUAUCCAAGGGACAGCUGCAGUUGCUUUGGCCGGUCUUCUUGCGGCCCAGAGAGUUAUUAAUAAACCAGUCUCAGAACACAAAAUCUUAUUUCUUGGAGCAGGAGAGGCUGCACUUGGAAUUGCAAAUCUUAUAGUUGUAUCAAUGAUGGAAAGUGGUCUCUCAGAAGAGGAGGCACAGAGAAAGAUCUGGAUGUUCGACAAGAAUGGCUUGCUAGUUAAGGGGCGGACUGCUAGCAUAGAUAGUAACCAGGAACCAUAUGCUCAUGUGGUCCCAGAGAACAUACCUGCAACUUUUGAAGAUGCAGUAAAUAAACUUAAGCCUUCAGUUAUAAUUGGAGUGGCAGGUGCUGGCCCGCUUUUUACUCCUGGCGUAAUCAGAGCCAUGGCCUCUAUCAAUGAGAGGCCUGUGAUAUUUGCUUUAAGUAAUCCUACAGCGCAGGCCGAGUGCACAGCCGAAGACGCAUACACACUUACAGAGGGCAGGUGUUUGUUUGCCAGUGGCAGCCCUUUUGAGCCAGUGAAACUCCAGGAUGGACGAGUCUUCACCCCAGGCCAAGGAAACAAUGCCUAUAUUUUCCCAGGUGUGGCUUUAGCUGUUAUUCUCUGUCAAGCCCGACACAUCAGUGACACUGUUUUCUUAGAAGCUGCAAAGGCGCUGACAACUCAGUUGACAGAUGAAGAGUUAGCUCAAGGGAGGCUUUACCCAUCACUUGCUAAUAUUCAGGAAGUUUCUGCUAACAUAGCUAUUAAACUUACAGAGUACCUGUAUGCUAAUAAAAUGGCUUUCCGAUACCCAGAACCCGAGGACAAGGCCAAAUAUGUGAAAGAAAGGAUAUGGCGGAGUAAUUAUGUCUCCCUGCUGCCGGAUGUGUAUGACUGGCCAGAGUCUUCACUGAAGCCUCCUCAGAUAACAGAAUAGAAGCUUUCCCAUUAAGACAUUCCAUGCUUCAGGGAACCACUAUUUUUAGACAAAAAGAUAAUAUUCUCUGAGUUACCGUGUUGUCUGUGGUUUAUUCUUCCGUACCACUUUGCUUGGCAAUUUUUUCUGUGAAUCUCACUUUCGUUGGGGACAGACAUGUUGACUAUACUGUACUGCCCACAGUCCAGUACUGGGAAUGCUUCCAUCCCGAUGGUCGCCUCUGUGCUCUGCUUUGAGCUCCACAGCACCUGUUACUGUUCCGUGAAUGUAUCUCUCGCUUCUUCCUCUCAGUCCUCUAGCUGUGCAUAUGAGUACAGAAUGUCGAGAAGAAGCCAAGUGCUCACCGAGUUCCAAAGAAAAAUCGUCAACACUUACAGCUGUUCUUUUCUAUAUACUUCAUUUCACGUUCUGCUCGGAAAUCCCUUAGUAGUAGACAGGUUUAGGGAAAUACAAAAAAAAGCCCAAUUUCCUACAACUAAAUCAGUGCUAACUCUAACAUUCUAGAAGAGUGGGAGGAGCCACUGCUGCCUUUAGACAAACUGAAUAGUCAUUUGCAACAGUGUACAAAGACCACUUUUAUUAAUAAAAGUAAUUCCUUACAUUUAAUUGCUUCAGUUACAUUAUCUUAUUGACCAAACAGGAACUUAGGUUUGUUGAUUAUGAAAACAGUUUCAUUGACUUCACACAGGUGAGGGAGUAUCAUCUGCCUAACAUGCAUGACUAAAGUCAUGUGAUUUGGAAAUCUUAUCUGAAGGAGUUAACUACAGUCUAGACCUUUUUUCCUGUCUGUCAUGUUUUUUAUUGAGCAGUGGCUAGAGAUUUCUUAGUAUACAUUCCUUUGAGUGUUAGUAGUGAUGUCUUUCUCUGCUGAGAAUGGAUAAUAGAUUCCAAGCUUAGUGGAGAUAAACGUAGAAUUAGACCAAGAAAUGCCUUCUUUUGUAUUUUCAAGAUAGGAUCUCACUGUGUAGCCCUGGCUGUCCUGGAACUCACUCUGUAGACCAGAGUGGCCCCAAACUCACAGAGAUCUACCUGCUUCUGCCUCCAGAGUUCUGGGAUUGAGGGUGUACACUGCUCCACCUGAACUACACCUGGCAGGAAAUGCCAUUUUUUUAAAAAAAUAUAUUAAUUUAUUUUAUUUAUGAGUACACUGUAGCUGUUUUCAAACACAGCAGAAGAGGGCAUCAAAUCCCAUUACAGAUGGUUGUGAGCCACCAUGUGGUUGCUGGGAAUUGAACUCGGCGCCUCUAGAAGAGCCAUCUUUCCAGCUCAGCCUAGGAAGUGCUGUUUUGAAUCCCAGGGUAAGAGUUGUAUAAGGCCAUCAGUGUUCGAGAGUCAUGUUCUGAAAGAACUCUGAGUAUUUGGAGAAAUGGCAGUGGCUCUGGCCUUCACCUGCCUAAAUGCUUUGAGGGACAAAGUUUGUUUUUAUUUUGAGACUGGAGCAAGCUGGCCUGGAACUCACUAUGUGUCCCUGGCUUGCUUCCAUGUGCUGAGAUCCUAGCCAUGAACUACCAUGGUCAGGGACAAAACUGCACAAUGCUCACCCUGGAAUGGUGGCAGUAUAAAGCAGUUUGUAGGUGCAUACCACAGCCUGUAUUUAUACUCUGUAAGCAAAGGGGACCCUUCCCUAUCUUCCUGCUUAAGAAGAUGGAUUUGGCUGCUUAGUGUGCACAGACUCUGGGUUCAGUCCACAAGACCACCCCAAAAAGGGGCAGGUUUGGGAUGGCAUUGCAGUUUUAAGUAUGGGUGAACAUGGUGGUUAACUUAGCAUAAAUAGCAAUCUAUUUAGUAAAAUAAUGAAGUAAAUCAUAGUUUGAGUGUAAGAUGAAUAUACAGGCAUGAGUCUAGCACCGAGGCAAGAAGAUCUCAAGUUCAAAGCCAGACUGUCUACAAAAGAACUCACAGUGUGAAUGUAAGAUAGCUCAGUGGUUAAGGCCCUUGUCCCCAAGCCCUGACAUUUUAGUUUAAUCCCAGGACCCAUAUGGUGGACAGAAAACCAAUUUCCAGAAGUUGUUCUCCAGCCCCUCCCCCACUUGCCACACACACACACAUAUAUACCAUAAAUGAACAAAAAUUAUGAGAAAUGUUUAUUUUUUCUUGUUUUUGUUUUAUUCUGUAUAUGAAAUCUAAAUAUUGAACAUUACAAGUAUAAAAA